AAUUGGUUUUGCAAUUCUCUUGCUCGCGCGAUUCGGACCUCCCCCCCCCUCUCUCCAGUGUUUCCCAUCUCAUCUACCCCUUCUCUCACUUAUCUCUGCAGAGAGGUUAGGCAAAGAACCGGCAGUGAAUUGGAGGUCUGAAUCAAGCCAUCCGAUCCAGGGACCUCACAAGUUCUACGAUGAGACUCAACAUUUUUUUCUGAAUCAAGUCUGGAGCUGUACCCAGCACUUCACCGGUACUGAGUUAGUGGCUUUUUUGCUACUGAAAGCUCAGGAGAUUGAAUUUGAGUUUGGUUUUGUGAUGGGUUUGAGUAAAACCGAAAUCAACCUGAGGAGGUUGCUUGAAGCUGCUCCACUGCAACAAAAUCAGUCAAAGCUUAUACAUGUAUGUCAAGAGAUCUCUCAGUAUGUUGCUACGUUACGAGAACAAUUAGAACAACUGGCUGAAGAGAGAACUCCAGAUGGAUUACCAAGGAUUUCAAAAGCUAUGGUCAAUGAUUAUUCCGAGAAAAUUGAAGCAAUCGCUGCCAAACUAGUUAUCCCUGCGCCUGCGUCUAAUAUGCAAGUAUCUCAGGAGCCUGUUGCUGGAACAUCUGUUGGUGGAAGCCCUUCUAAAGCCGAAGCGGAAAGUAUUCACCUUUCUCCUGGAUUGAGGAGGCGAUAUGUACCACUGUCAACAGUUGAAAAUAGAGCUGAUGAUACUGUUGAAGGCGAUCAAUCAACGCCCGUAAAAUUGGAUGCUGCAGCACAGACACAUAUUGAAAAGCAUAGAAAGCUUCAAGAAGACUUAACAGAUGAAAUGGUUAGCUUGGCACGCCAACUUAAAGAAAGCAGCCUUGUGAUGAGUCAAUCUCUCCAAAACACUGAGAAGAUACUUGAUUCAACAGAAAAAGCAGUUGAGCAUAGCUUGGCAAGCACCGGGCAUGCCAGUUCAAGGGCUGUGGAUGUAUACUCACAGAGUUUUAAGACCACAUGCUUCACAUGGCUUAUGAUCUUUGUAAUGACAUGUAUAUUCAUUAUGGUUGUGCUUCUAAUUCGUGUUACUUAGCAUAUGUUUUGGGUGAGGAACAGCCCUACCCCUCAUCACAGAGUUUUUGACUUCCUUCUUGAUCAAUGACGAUUGCAGCAUUGAC